UGUUUUCCGGCGCGCUGUCCUCCCUCUAUUCUUCGGCUCCGGUGGUCGACCCUGUUCUCCUCCGGGCAGUCACCAACCUGACCAUCGAUGGCCGGGACGAGAUCUCCUUCAUCUCCGAUCGUCUGGACAUGGCCGAGAGCCUGCGUGAUAACCCCACCAAGUCCGUCGACUUCGUCAAGGUGAUCAUCCAACGCAUCAACGACCUGUUUAUGAACGAUUCCCCCAGCAUGGACUACAUCUCCCUCGAGCAUGUUGUCUCGCUGCUGGAUCUGUGUGUCAAGAAUUCCGGCCAGGCUUUCCACCAGGCCUUCCACGAUAACCGGACCCUGCUCGAUCGUCUGGUUGUGCUUCUCCACGCUCGCAACGCGCCCCCUUCACUGAAGAACAUGCUGGCCACCACAUUCGGCGAGUGGGCAUACCAAAACCCCCCGGCGCCCAACCAGCCCAAUGACACGCUGAGCUUCCUGCGUAAUGAGGCCCACUCGCUCAAGGCCCAGGGCGUGCCGAUUGUCUUCCCGAGCAUCCGGAGCAGUAGCUCCGGCAGCGGGUCCAGCAGCGGCAGCGGCAGCAGCAGCAGCAGUUCCACCAAGCGGCGCUCCUCCCGGUCCAAGCGUUCAGGCUCCUCCAAGUCCGGGUCCUCCUCGUCCUCGUCCUCGCGCCCGACCGACGGCAUCGACCCGGUGGCCCAGUCCGAAGAGGAGCAAAUUGCCCUGGCCAUUCGUCUGUCCCUCGAAGAGAGCGGCCAUCAGAACCUGCCGGAGCAGGCCCCCGUGCCACACCUGGUCGCCGCCCACCAUUCGCAGGCAUCGGCGUUUGCCCCCGGGCAGCUGGUCAUGGCUGUCCUCCCCCUGCGCGGGGAGUUGACCUUUGCGGUGGGCGACAUCUUGCGCAUCAGCGAAACCGCCAGCGCGGCCCACUGGCUCAAGGGUCAUGUGGUGUUGGAUGCGCAGUUCCGGCCGCCAGCGCACGAAGCCACCGGCACCUUCAUGGCUCAGUAUGUGCGCCCACUUGGGCCGGAGGAGACCGCCCAGGCUGAAGCGGUCCUGCUGGCGGCCGGUUCUGGCGGCGGCCCGGGCGGCUCGUUUGCCGAAGGGCGCGACGUUGUCUUCCCCACCAUGGACUUUGUGCAGCUGCUGACCCGGGCACAGGCGCGCUUCGCCUCGACCGAGCCGCCCAUUCGCGACCUCCAGGCUCGUCUGGCCUCCCUGCAACUGGAGAAUGGCGUGGCCCCGGAGCAGCUCAACGAAAUCAAUACCAUGGAGUCCCGGGCGAAGUCCGUGCGGCCGGAAAUUGUCGCCGGACUGGUGGACAUCACGGAUGCCCGGUCCAAGCUUGGCCGGCUGCGGGAGGAAUUCCUCGAGGCGGUGUCCCUCUAUGAAGGCCUGCUGGAGCAGGCAGUGUCCCAUGCGGCGGCGGCGGCCGGGCCGGUUGGCGGCCCUGGGCCCGGGGCCACCAUGCACCAGGCCUUCUCCCAUCCGGGGGCCGGUCCGUCAUCCUACCCCCCGCCCUCGCCGUCGGCGGUCUUCCCGAAUCCCAACCUGGCGGGCGGGUCCUUCGGUGGGGCGCCGGGGCAAGCUGCUCACCAUAUGCAUGGCCCGGCUCCCGGCCACGGCAGCGGCCAGCACCCCCACCACUACGGUCAGCAGGGGCCGCCAAAUCGGUCGGGCCAUGGCGCCGCCGAGGCGCAUGGUGUUGGCUCGCGGCCGAGUCCGUCAGUCUCGUAUCAGCAGCAGCCGCCGCCGCCGCCGCAUCAGCAGCCGCCGCCGCACCCGCAGCCGCAUCACCCCCACCAUCAUCAGCAACAUCACCAUCAUCAACACCACCAGCCGCAGGCGCAGCCCCAUCAGCCAGAGCAGCAGCGCCCGCCGGCCUCCUACGCUGGUCAGCCGCCGCACCAUCAUUCUCCCCAGCCGACACCGCCGGGCCAGUAUCCGCGGGCAUCAGGCCAGCAGCCGCAUCAGGCCUCUCCCCCUCAGCACCCGCAGCAUCAGCUCCCUCAGCAGGGCGAGCCCGUGCCCCCGCCCCAUCUUGCCCCCUCGUCUCCCUAUCUUACGGCUUCCCACUAUUCGGCUGAGCAGGUGCAGCCGUCGCAUCCCCACCAGCCGUCGCAUCCCCACCAGCCGUCGCAUCCCCACCAGCCUCAGCAGCCUCAGCACCAUUAUCAGCCCCAGCAGCCUCAGCAGCCCCAGCAACAUUAUCAGUCUCACCAGCCUCACCAGCCUCACCAGCCUCAUCAGGCUCACCAGCCCCACCAGCCGCACCAGCCCCACCAGCAGACGGCUUCGGCUCCAGCUCCCCCGGUGGUCGAGCAGCAGCCAUCCCUGCUUGACGUCUCGGGCCAAGGCACAGCUUCCGGCCCCGCCUCUCAGCAGCCACCUCAGCCGCAGAUUAGCUCUCUUGACGCCUUGUUCAAGGACAUGUCCCUGCUGACGCCGGCCAUGCCGGUCACCGCGGCGGCCUCGCCCUCCCCCCCGCCAUCGUCCUCGGUGGGCAAUGCGGCCCCCGGGCCAGGCCAGCCCGGCAGCCCGCCCCACCCGAGCUACCACCCCGCGGCUGAUCUCGGCUCGGGCCUCGGUUUGGAGCCCGCCUCGCCGAAGGCCGCUGCCCGCGUCGGUGCCUCGGUGUUCGAUGGUCGGCCGAGCCAGUACCCGCACCUGGCAACUGGCCCCCACCCAUCGCACCAUCACCCCCCGGGCAUGAUGAUGUCGUCCCCCCCGCCGCAGAGCCACGCAUCCAACAUCCAGCCCCCCCCCGGGGCCGGUCCGCAUGGCUUCCCCCAGGCGUCGCAGCACCCCCCCGGCGCGCCGGAGCAACCGCAGCCGCAGCCGCAGCCGCAGCCGCAGCCGCAGCAGUACCCCGGCACCGGCCCAUAUCCUCCUCACCACUCCGGCCAUCCUCACCAGCCGCACCAGCAGCCACUACCGCCGUCGCAGCAGCAGCAGCAGCAGCAGCAGCAACACUAUUACAACGGCGGAUCGCCCUCCAGCUAUGCGGCCAUGCCGGCGAUGCCUGCUGCCGCCCCGGUGUCGGCCCCGGCGCCAGCCCCGCCGAAGCCGGCCGAAAUCCGUGCCCUGCUUGCCAGCAGCCUGCAGCCGCUGGGCGCGCAGUGCCCACACCGGCCGGGGUCCGAGGCGUCGGACGCCGCCGCGUCUCCGUGCGGCCGGUGCGUGUCACCGCCGGCCGGGGAUCGGCCCUCGGCGCGCGACCUGGCCCUCGAGGUCCGCACCCGGCGCCUGCUGUUCAUCCUCUCGGAGUUGACCCUGCACGAGGGCAAUGCCACCGAUGCGGAGCUGCUCUCAUGCCGGGAGUUUCGCCGGCGCCUGGCGGCGGCGGCCGGCGUCGACGCGACCACCGGCCUGCGCGCGGCCGCCCUCCCGCCCAGCCGCCCGGCGGACCACCUGUUCUUCAUGCAGCUAGGCCAUGCCGGUAUGCCCGCAGCCAAGGACUCCAUCAUCCAGCUGGCCAACUACCUCCGCGGGCUCCUGGUCCUGGGCCUGCCUCUGGACCCCGAGGGCCCGCCGGCGCAGGACGCCGACGGGGUGGAGCUCCUCCUCCGGAACCCCUCCAGCCCGCUCGCGGUGCACACCCGGCGCUGGACCGUCGAUGUGGUCCAGCUCCUGACGCGCACCGCCUCGGAGCAGCUCUUCUUCGUGGCCCGGCGCUCGCUGGCCGAGUGGGGGGCUCGUGGGCCCCUGGCCGCCGGCGCCGCCGGCCGGGCCUCGCUCGCUCCGCCCGCCGGCAUCGACCCGUCGCCCCCCUGCGGCCGGUAUCCCCGCCUUGACCCGGAUGCCGAGCGUGCGCGCGUCCACGCCAUCGUCGACCAGGGCCUUCGCUUUGGGCACCUGAAUUCGGUGAGCCUCGGGCCGCAGCUGGUCACCGAGCACCGGGCCGCCCUGUCGCAGAGCCCGGGCCCGGUAUGCUCCGGGGCGGUGUGGCAAUUGGCCGCGGGCCGGCCGGUGGCCCCCCCGGGCUCCCCCUCGCCCGGGCACUUUCCCCUGUGCGUGGGAUGGCUGCGCGCCUGGGCGGCGCUGGGGGCCAGAUUGGCCGGGCUGGCGCGCGGGGCCCCCUCCCCCGGGGGGCUGGUGACCGAGGCCCGGCGCCUGGCCCAGGACCAGGGCGACCUGGCAUCCGUGGCCCGGCAGGACAUCUGGCGCUCGCUGCAGCCCGGGGCCUUCGGCGUGCGGGCCGGCUCCCAGGCGGCCAUUUUGGCCCGGCUGGCGGCCCUCCUGCAGGUGGCGCAGCAGGUGGAGUGCCUGCUGCUGCCGGACUCGGUCCUUCGGCAGGGGUUCUCCCUGGCUGGGAGUGGCUCCGGAGCCGGGGCCACCGGGGCCGGUGGCAGUGCCGGCGCCGGCGGUGGCACCGGGGCCGGCCUUGUGUCUCUGGUCCUCGGCGGCGGGCGGCUCUUUGGCCAGCGGGCCGGGCACCCUCCCCCCGGGGCCGGGUCGGCUCCCGGAGCCCCGGUGCCCCCGCUGAGUCCCAUGCUGGUGGGAGCCAUCCAGGCGGCGGCCAGUGCCGCGUACGAUGCGGCCCCGUCAACUGGGCGCCGGCUGGCCGAUGCAUCGGUCGACGCGGCCCUUCGUGGCCUGUCGCUGGGCCUGGCGCGCUGGUUGCUCCUCGGUGGGGCUGGCCCCGGACCGGGCGCGCCCCAGGCCGGCAUGGCCGGGCCCUGGGCCCGGGACACCGAUGCCCCGGGCGAUGAGGGCCCCCGGUCGCCGGCGGCCGAAGGCGCCCCGGCGGCCACCGGCGGCCCGGCCCUCAGCCAAGUCCUGGCGGCGCUGGCGACCACCGGCAUGCCGCUGCCGCCCUGGGUGUCGGCCGCCCUGGCCAAGACCCUGACCAACCCGGAGGAGACCUACUCGCCGAUGGUGGCGGUGCCAAGCGGCCAGGCGGGCAUCCCGGACGUGGCGUCCGGCGUGCUUGCGGCGCUGGACUUCGCCCGGCGGCCCACCCUCUCCAGCAGCCGCGAGGUGGAGCAGUGGCGCUUUGAGGCGCGGCUGACGGCCGCCCACUGCUGGACGCUCUUUGGCUUCACAACCAUUGCCCAGCACUACCUGGGCGCCAAGCAACGUGGGCCGACCGGCGUCGCCCCGGCUGAGGUGCCGGACUCGGACAUCCGCCUGCGUGUGUCCCGGUGGCAGGAGCUGCUGACCGAGAGCCAGCUCGAGCGUCUGGCGGCCGAGCUGGCAGCCGACCGGCCGACGGCCGGCCCGGAUGCCCAGCAUGUCGAUGCCUUCCAGCUGCAAGUACAUGCACGCGGCCUGCUCAGCCGCUUCCCCCUGAGGCAUUGGCCGGUGGCCCCGGCUGGCAUGCCGCAGGGUGCCAUUGCCCCGCCCCCCCGGGCCGGGGUCUUCCCCGCGCCCGUGGAUGAUCGGCCCUUGGCGGUCAUUUUGCAAACGGCCGCCGGACCCCUGGACCCGGUGGUCCGGGCACAGCUCCUGGCCCGGGUGGAGAACAACCCCGCACGGCAUGCGGGCCUGCUACGCCGGUGGGCGGCCCUAUGGCUGGCCCCCGGGGGCGGCCAGUGUGCCGGGUCGCUGGAGCUCCUGUCGAUGCUGCUAUUGACCGAGGCCAGCCCGGGGGCCGGGGCCGGGGCCACCAACCCGCUGCAGGCGGGCAUCCCGCCGGGCGGGACGCGCGUCGGCCCGGUGGCGGCGCCGGACCAGUCGGACGCCCUGCAGGCGGCCAUGUGCCAGCUGGCCAGCGUGGCCCUGCAGCUGGACUACCUGGAGGAGGUGUCCACGGCCGGGGACUGUGGCGGCGCGGCGGCCGCCGGGACCGGGGUGUGUGGCGACUGUGCCGGGCCGGCGGGCACCCGGUCGGGGCUCCUUCCCCCGACUCCGGCCAGCUGGCUGCCAACAACUGGCCGCGCGGUUGCCGAGCACCUGGCCGCGCGGAGGCCGGACCCCUCGCCGGCUGGGGCCUUCCUGGCGCGGACCUUCGCCCAGUCGGCCCUCUUUGAUGAGGAGGACGACCUGUCGGAGGAGGACGCAUGGCCCGGCCCGCCGGCGGUGGCCGCCACCGCCACCGCCACCGCCGCCGACACGCCGGCCGCCCAGGAGGUCCUCUUUCAAAUGCACCGGCGCGUGGGCGAGGACCUGGCCGCCGGCUCGGCCCCGGUGGGCACGCUCUUUGUGGACCAGGCGCGUAGUGCGCGCGCCUGCCGGCGCUCCGGCUCGGCCAGCCUAUUCCAGCAGUCGCAGCUGGACCAGGUGCGCAUCUGGCUGCGCCACGCCCUGGCGCUGGUCGGCCUGGCCGAGGCGUGCAUCGGCCGGGCCGAGCACCGGCCCCAGGCCGGAGCCCCCCGCGGGCCGGCCCUCUGGCACACCCUCGCCGCGGCUCGGGCGGUGACCGACCGCCUGGCGGCCGCACUCGGGGCCAUGGCCGCCCCUCGCCAUGGGGCCACUCUGGGCUCUUCGGUGGCCGGCGGGGCCGGGCUGUCCCGCGUGCAGGAGGAAUGCCGCGUGCAGCUGCUCCUUUGCCAGGUGCGCCUGGCCGCGGGGAAUUUGGCCGGGCUUGCCACGCGCGCCGGGCAGCUGGCCCAGCCUGUGCCUUGCGCCCGGCGGCCGGCGGCUGGCCCGAGUGUGUCGCCCGGCGGCCGGCCGACCUGGAUGCGGGGCAUCCGCCCGGCCAUGGCGGCCGGCCGGCGGCCUGGCCCCCCGACGGCCCCCCCAUCAAAUGCCCCGCCAACGCUGGGGGCUUCCUCGGCCGAGGCACUGCUCCAGGCAGCCGACAGCCUGCUGAAGUCCGCGGUCCAGGCCGAGGACAAGCGCCUGUUGGAAAGUGCGCUGGUGGUCCGGGCAGCUGUCCUGGACCUGGGGCAGAAUUACACCGACGUGCCGUUGACACCGAUUGCCAGCAGCAGUGGCCGCCAGUCUCAGUCCACCCGACAGUCGUUCCUCAGCCUGCAGGGGUAG